AUGGCGACGCGCCGCGGACUGCGCGCGAUCGCGCUCGCGGGAUGGAAGCAGUGCGCCGCGAUCGCGCCCGGGGCGGACGCGAUCGCGUGCGCGUCGCGGAGCUCGACCCCGCUCUUCGCGCGAGGGAUCGUCUCGGUCGCGCGCGCGCGAGGCGACGAGGGUUGGUGGAAUCGCCCGUCCGCCGAGCGGCGGUCAUAUAUUUUGUCGAACGGACACCGCUCGUCGUUCGCGUCGAGCGCGGCGCGACCGAGGGACUUCUCGUCCUCCGCCGUCGUCGAGGGCGACAAGAAGAGUAAGGAUGAUGACGAGGAGAAGAAGAAGAAAAAAACGCGCAGGGAGAAGGACCUCCUCCUGCGGGAGGGCGUGAACGAGAACAUCUUCGCCGCGCUCCUCGGGGUGCGUCCCUUCGCGAUUCUCUCGCGUUCAACAUUCUCAAUCAUUCAUUCAUCCCUUCCUUCCUCGUUUUCCCGCCCCGUCUGACCCCCCCCUCCCCGCCCCGCCCGCCCGCCCGCCGCCGCCCGCGC